CCCUCCUCGACAAAACACGAGUGUUGUUGUUGUCUUUUGUCUCUCCGUUGAUUUGUCAACUCAAACACAGACCCUAACGAGCCCAAUCACCGAUAAAAAAAAAAAUCAAAACUUUACGAAUCUUCUUCUCUCCUUUCUUGAGAAAACCCACUCGGUUGAUGAAACAUCUGAAGCCGACGAGAUAAAGCGCGAUUAGGGAUGAUGGGUUUCUCUGUUUCCGACGAAUUGCUUGGCACCGUAGCUCCGAUCGUCGUUUACUGGCUGUACUCUGGGAUCUACGUGGCGCUGUCUUCUCUCGAGAGAUUCAGAUUGCAUACAAAGGCGGAGGAGGAAGAGAAGAAUCUCGUCUCCAAAUCAACCGUCGUGAAAGGAGUUCUUCUCCAACAGCUCGUUCAAGCUGCUGUCGCUAUCCUCUUGUUCACGGUCACUGGAAGUGAUGCGGAAGCAGACAAGGCGCAACAGUUUUCACUUUUAGUCCUAACCAGACAGUUUAUAAUCGCCAUGAUAGUCCUCGACACAUGGCAAUACUUCAUGCACCGAUACAUGCACCACAACAAGUUCUUAUACAAACACAUCCACUCUCAGCACCACCGUCUCAUCGUCCCUUACGCCUACGGAGCUUUAUACAACCACCCCGUGGAAGGCCUUCUACUGGAUACAGUCGGAGGCGCCUUGUCUUUCCUGAUCUCCGGUAUGUCGCCGAGAACGUCCAUCUUCUUCUUCUCCUUCGCCACGAUCAAGACUGUGGACGACCACUGUGGUCUCUGCCUCCCCGGGAACCUGUUCCAUAUGGUGUUCAAGAACAACUCGGCUUACCAUGACGUGCAUCAUCAGCUUUAUGGGAGCAAGUACAAUUUCUCUCAGCCUUUCUUUUCCGUGUGGGAUCGGAUUCUUGGAACUUACAUGCCUUACUCUCUUGAGAAGAGAGAAGGUGGUGGGUUUGAAGCGCGUCCCACUAAAGAAUUCAAAGAUGAUUGAGUUUCUUUUGAGUAAUGUUCUGUGUCUCCUUGAGGUUGGAUAGUGGAUGGAUACUUUUAUGAUCAGAAACAGAACUGAUUUGCAUUUUGCCUGCCUUUAGCUGGAGUUUGAGAUUUGUAUAUAUACGUUAUUGGGUUGAUGUUCUGCUCUGUUUUGUUUUGUUUUGCAUGUCUUAUGUGAUUUAUACAACAACCUCUUUUAUUAAUUACUUAUUUAUCUACAAGAUCUGUUUAGUCAA